AUGGAACUCCCAUUGAGAUUUCACCGGGAGAUUCUGCGGCAGCUAAUUCCAGGAACACCAGACACGGCAACACCAGAUCCAUCAGACACUUCCACCCAGGACCUCGAUCCCUGCGAAUCUGGUCUGUUGAUCCUCGCUAGAGGCUUGGGACUGAGGCGUGUCGUGUGCUCGUUCCUCACUCUCCAAUCUGAUCCACGCAGAUUGGUUCUCUUGCUUAACGCAGAUUCACCAGAGGAAGACGGCAUUGGCGAUCUACUCGGCACGAUGGGCGUGGCCAAACCAGGCCUCAGAGUUGUCAAUUUUGAUAUGAUCAGUAAGCAGAGGGAGGAGUUGUAUAAGGAGGGUGGCUUAGUGUCUGUCACCUCGCGAAUCCUCGUCGUCGACAUGCUCAAUGGAACCAUACCCGUACAUCUUAUUUCUGGUAUGGUGAUUUUACACGCAGAACAAGUCACACCAACCUCGCUCGAGACCUUCAUUACUAGAAUUUACCGCAAGUAUAACAAGGAGGGCUUUCUUAAGGCAUUCUCAGACAACCCUGAGCUCUUUGCUAGCGGCGUCUCGCCACUGCAGACUGUUUUACGUUCUUUGGGUCUCAGGAAGGUCUGGAUAUGGCCGCGUUUCCACGAAACUAUCCAGGAAGAUCUCGACAAACGCAAGGCUGACGUCGUAGAACUAUACCCAUCGCUGACAAAGUCUAUGCUCAACUUACAGCACUCUAUCCUGCAGUGUAUGGAUGCUACAAUACAGGAAAUCAAGAAGGGCAAUGUCGCAAAUCUCGAUAUUGAUGACUUCACCGUUGAUAACGCCCUGUUCAGGAGUUUUGACAAGAUUAUAAAGAUGCAGCUACUGCCCGUCUGGCACCUCAUCAAACCAAAAACUAAGCGACUGAUUGAAGAUCUUAGCACACUGCGCAAUCUUCUCUCAUUCCUGCUCAACUAUUCGUGUGUCGAGUUUGAAGAAUUGCUCGAAUCUAUCUAUCAAUCCAACCUGAAUGAAUAUAAGAGUUCGAGUACAGGUAACAAAACUCCGUCACAUUGGCUGUAUCUCGACCCAGCCGAUGCUAUCUUCAGUGUAGCUAAAGAGCGGACAUACAAAGUGGUCGAGAACGGUCGUGGAGGUGGAGCGUCGUGGCUGCCGCCCAACAUAGUUCCGGUCCUAGAAGAACAGCCGAAAUGGGGAGUGUUGACAGAGAUACUGGCAGAGAUAGACAACAACAUACAAUUUAACAAGGGUCUAACGCAGAGCGAGAAUAACAUGACUCUGAUCAUGUGCGGGACUAAUAGGACAGUCAUACAGCUAACAGAGUACCUCAGUCAAUGCGAAGAUGAUAAUAGCAAAACACAUUCAACACAUUUAAAGAAAAAGGCACCUAAGAUGAUGAAGAGGUUGCUGAGAGAUCACCUCGAGAAAUUCAAGGCAAAUGUGGGAAUAAUGUCAACCAAUAUGAAGUUUAAUGCGCAGAGCAAUGUUGCUAACACAAAUGCUGGCAGUCCGUCCAAAAAUUCAUCGUCUAGCGACAAGAAUGCAGUUGAGCAAGGCAAUUCUCAGGCCACUUCUGCCGCCUUGCAGAGGAAGGAGCAAUUUAGGAGAAAUGAAGGAGCUACCGCGUAUGGUCACAACAGACGACGCGUGCGUGGAGGAUCUGUUAUGGCAUCCGUCGCGUCAUCGCGCAAGACACACAACAAUUUAGACGCGAAUGCUGAAUCGCCGCUUGAAGCAGAAGCAAAGCAAAUUGCACAGUUUCAAUCUCAGAGGUCUGGCAAAGAUAAGGAAGUGAUAGAGCUCUCAGACGAGGAUGACGAUGAAGAUUACGAUUUUUUCGAUAACCUCCCUCAAUGGCUUCUUACAACAGAUGUUAAUGAAAUAUGGCCGCAUGAUGAUAAUGACGAGUACGGAUUGAUGGAGGAGGAGGAUACUUUGCUCAUCAGGGCUUAUAGAGGUGAUGAUGACGAUGCGCUCCUGGAUGAAAUCAAACCAAAGUUCAUCGUUAUGUAUGAUCCUGAUCCGGCAUUCGUUAGGAGAGUUGAGGUUUACAAAUCAUCCAACCCUCACAUCGACAUUAGACUGUACUUCUUGCUGUACAAUGCGUCGGUGGAGGAGCAGAGGUAUUUAUCUGGGUUGCGUAAAGAAAAGGAUGCUUUUGAGAGACUGAUCCGCGAGAAAUCUACAAUGCUCCUGCCUCUGUUUGAGAAGGAGUCGACGCGGGCAGGGACUGACCACUACUUGAGUGCUCUGUCGGCGCGUGUAGCGGGUGGCCAGCAAGUAGUCGGCGAUAAGCAGCCAAUAGUAGUGGUUGAUGUUCGAGAGUUCAGAUCAUCGCUGCCAGGUAUACUUCAUUCAGCUAACUUUGACGUGCAGCCUACAACGCUUACAGUUGGAGACUAUGUCUUGGAUCCUACGAUGGUAGUCGAGCGCAAGAGUUUAACAGAUCUGAACCAGUCAUUCCAAUCGGGUAGACUGUUCACACAGUGUGAAUACAUGAGCACAUACUAUAAGACACCUAUACUACUGAUCGAAUUUGAGGAAAACCGGUCGUUCUCACUAGAGACAAUAGCGGAAUCUAAAAAGAAUUUACACCCCGCUGCAGCUCAAAAGACGCGUAUAACGGGUACAUCACCCACAGAGAUAUUCCAAUCAAGACUAGUAAUGCUGACGAUAUCGUUUCCUCGGCUUCGGAUCAUAUGGUCGUCGUCGCCGAGACAGACAGCAGAGAUAUUUAGCGAUCUUAAGGUACAGAGGGAAGAGCCGGAUGUGGAGAAAGCGAGCGGUGUGGGUACGGAUGAAGCGGGACUGGAGGAUCUGAUUGAAGAGAAUUGGACAAUGACGCCAGUGGAAGUGAUGAAGAGCAUGCCUGGAGUUUCAGGGAAGAAUUACCAAUAUAUACCCAACAAAGUAAACUCAAUACGUCAUUUGGUGGACAUGACAAACAAAGAUAUGAGGGAUAUAUUGGGAGUAGAUCAGGGGAAUGCGCUUUAUGGUUUCAUAAAUCAAACUAUUUCGCUGGUGCUGCUGCUGUCCAUCACCCAGCCUACGCAAUACACACCAAGAAUACUUCGAUUAAACAACAAGGAUCACAAAUCUUCUUAUCACCGCCCCCCACUGAGCAACACCAACGGUUUGGAUCCCAAAGAUCUUCAAAAAGCUGCGUUUGUCGUUUUAGCGAGGAAUUCAGAUCUCUAUUCGUUCCUGCCAUCAAUGAGAGCGGUCGAGGACAGAUUCAAUAGCAAGUUUGGCUACGAAUGGGUAUUCCUCAAUGAUAAACCUUUCAACGAUGAAUUCAAAGCUCACACACAGGCACUCGCUAGUUCACAUUGUCACUACGGUACUAUCCCCAGUGAUCACUGGAAUCAGCCUAGCUUCAUCAACGAGACUUUAGCUGCUGAGAACAGACACAAUAUGGAGAAACUUGGCGUCGUGCCUUACGCUAAUUCAGUACCUUAUAGAAACAUGUGCAGAUUCAACUCUGGUUUCUUCUGGAGACAUCCUCUGCUUAAUAACUUUGAUUAUUAUUGGCGCGUUGAACCAGAUAUUAGUCUCUACUGCGACGUUGAUUAUGACCCAUUCAAAUUCGUUGCAGAAAACGAUAUUAACUACGGCUUCACUGUCUCUCUCUUGGAAUAUGAAGAAACCAUACCUUCACUUUGGCAGACUGUGAAGGACUUUAUCCGCGAUCAUCCCGAGCACAUUCCAAAGGAUAACGCUAUGAAAUUCCUCUCGGAUGACUCUGGAGAGUCAUACAACCGCUGCCACUUCUGGAGCAACUUUGAGAUAGCCAAUCUUAAUCUGUGGAGAUCACCUGCAUAUAAGGCCUUCUUCGACUACCUCGAUCAAGCAGGUGGUUUCUACUAUGAGCGCUGGGGGGAUGCACCGGUGCACUCUAUAGCUGCUGCUUUAUUCUCUAGACCAGAUCAAAUUCACUUUUUCGAAGAUUUUGGAUACCGCCACCAGCCAUUCCAACACUGCCCACAAGGCGACGCUUCUUUAGGACGCUGCUAUUGUGAUCCAAGUGAUAAUAUUGACUACCAAUGGUACUCGUGCUUGAGCAAAUACGAUGCUUUGACGGGUAGACAUUAG